UUGAUUUGUGUAUGAAAAGCCGGCGCUUUUUCGCCCCCCUCUCCGGCGGUGCGUUUUGAGUGAUCAGCUGAUGAAGAGGCUUGCUGCACGGUGCUAUGCUGGCUUGCUAAUUCUCUCCCCUCCAGCAGCUGACAUCCAGCAGGCUGCUGCACGCCACUGCCAGGCCGUGGAGAACGGGGUUUCUGAGGACAUGGAGGAGGAAAGUACAUUGAAGAAGCGCAAAGUUGAUCACCAAGGCAACAAGGACUCUGAAGCGGGACAGGAAGGGGCGGAGAAGGUGAAAAAGCGCAGAGGACGUCCGCCCGCGGAGAAGCUUCCCCCGAACCCUCCAGAUCUUACCAAACAGAUGAACACUAUUGUAGAUAUGGUCAUCAAUUACAAGGACACGUUAGGAAGGCAGAUCAGCAAAGGUUUUGUGCAGCUGCCUUCCAGGAAAGAGGUGCCUGAAUACUAUGAACUCAUCCGCAAACCAGUGGACUUCAGGAGGAUAAGGGAACGUGUGCGAAACCACAAGUACAGAAGUGUUGGCGACCUGGAGAAGGAUGUUCUGCUAAUGUGCCAUAAUGCGCAGACCUUCAACCUGGAAGGCUCACAGAUCUAUCAGGACUCUAUUGUACUGCAGUCGGUCUUUGAAAGCGCUCGGCAGAGAAUUGUCACAAAUGACAAGAGUGAAGAGGAAAAAGCUGAUUUAGCUAGUGAUCAAGCAAAAGAAGAACCCGUCCAGCAACACCACAGAGACGUUGACCAAAGUAAUAAUGCCGCCGCCUUCUCCAACGCUAAACCGCUGAUCGGCUUUAACUAUGACGACAGUGCAGAGGAGCAGGAGGACAAUGUCGGCCAGGAGGAAGAAGAGGACGUAGAAGAGGAAGACUGAUCUGUGACAAUCCUGCUAUCAUCUGUCAUCAUUAGGUUUGCAAAAUGUGGAAACUUUCCAUGGGAAUUUGUUUUGGAAUUAUCAGGAAUUUUCAGGAUUUUUUCGGGAAUGAACAAGAAUAAACUGGAAAUUAAAGUUGAAGGUUAGA